UGUUUUUGUUCCUCGAGACCAAGAUGAACCAUGAGUUUUUCAUCUUAGGUCGUGUAUUUAUGAUACAUUUGUUGAGUUAAACUCUUCUUCUCACUUUCCUUUUUGGUUUAUAGUUGGUGCAGAUGCGGAGAAGCAUGGCUAAACUUGAGCUAUAUCGAAGAUUCACAAACUCUCUCGCGCUUUUUGUGCUGGUCUCAAUUGCUUGGGUCGGGUACGAGCUAUACUUCAAUGCUAGUGACCCUUUAAGUGAGUUGUGGCGAAUUGCCUGGAUUAUUCCAGCUGUCUGGACUCUACUUGCUUUCUCUCUCCUGGUGGUGAUAUGUAUCCUCUGGGCUCCUUCACGUAACCCAACGAGAUAUGCAUAUUCAGGGGAGACAGGAGACGACUUUGAUGAAGAGGCUAUCUCCCUUACAAGCGGUGUCAAUGUGGCUGGGGAUAUGGCAACCAAGCUUGAAAGGAAGGAAAAGAAGGGGUCUUCUUCAACAGACCAUGUAACUGGGAUAAUGGAAGAUUUUGAGGAGGAUAAGAGAGAAUAAAUGAAUUAUUCUCCUCCUUUAAAAAAUUAAAGUUCGAUUCAAAGCUCUGCUUGAGUAGGAAUUUGCUCUUAUAGAUUGAGUGAUGUACAUAAAAGGAUGUGUGAAAGGGAUAUACUAAAAUCACCAUGACAAAUUGUUUAGUAAACUCAGGUACAACUGGGUAUACUUGUCUCACUGUUUACUAAGGCAAAGGAUGGAGUGGAACUUCACUUAUGUUGGGGCUCGUAGGUUAUCUGGUGCAUUAAGCUUUGCUUUCUUUUGCUACCUUUUUCCUUGAGAGUUCAAGAAGGUGAAAUGGUUGAAUCCAUCCUACGUGUUUGGUUCAUUCUAUAAGCG